UCACGGCAAGCUGUCCUCAUCACCCAUCAGCUCGACUUAUUCGAGCGCAAUGCCUCUUGAUUUCCGAGAACAGACUUCUCCAGCGCUUCGCCCCUCGAGUUUUGCAGCAUGGCCGAUACCGCCACGAGCUACAAGCAGCUGAAAGAGGACUUCGUAUCCAACCACUCUGGAGGAUCCAUUGCCGAAAUUUGCUAUGUCACAGCUGUAGCGCCGGUUGCUAUAUUGUUUUGGUCUGUCCUACAGGCGCGACAAUCAUAUUUCACCUCGUAUGCGUUUCUCGCAUUCUCCGUCGAUUUCCUCCUCAAUGUCAGCGCCAUCCUGCUGUCCUUCACCCUGUAUUCGGGGUCGCCUCUUCUCUUGAGUGGACUUCUUCUCGCUCCGGCUAUGCUUAUCUACCCCAUACCGCCGAAACAUUCCGCGCCGAAAAAGAAACCCAGAGUGCCGCCAAAUGCCCGGUCUAUGUCAGCUGGCGGGCCCCUCGAGCUUCUGUCCACCAAGCCAUUUUUGACGACCUACCGAGGAUGUAUGCUGGUCGCGACCUGUCUAGCUAUCCUGGCAGUUGAUUUCAGACUUUUCCCGCGCCGGUUUGCCAAGGUCGAAACGUGGGGUACGUCGCUGAUGGAUAUCGGCGUCGGAUCGUUUGUCUUCUCGGCAGGAAUCGUAGCGGCGCGCCCGGUCCUGAGAGAACAAGCCGGAGGCGAGAAGACAGCUAUGGCAGGAAGACUCAUACGGUCUCUCCGCCACUCGCUACCAUUGCUGGCCCUAGGCAUUGUGCGACUGCUGACGGUCAAAGGCUUGGAUUACGCUGAGCAUGUGACGGAGUACGGGGUGCAUUGGAAUUUCUUCUUCACGCUAGGGUUCCUGCCGCCCUUCGUGGCCAUCUUCCAGUCGGCCCUGAAGAUCAUCCCUUCCUAUGCUGGUCUGGCGAUCCUUCUCGGAGUCCUGUACGAGGUCGCGCUGGAGACGACUUCCCUGAAGGCGUUUAUCCUGACCGCGCCACGGACGGACCUCUUCUCGAUGAAUCGGGAGGGCAUAUUCAGCUUCUUCGGCUACCUCGCGAUUUUCCUGGCUGGGCAGGAUACGGGCAUGUUCGUGCUGCCGAGAGGCAUAAAUUCGCGGGGCGCACAGCGGACCACUCUUCCCGUUACCAUGGCCGUGUGGACUCUGGUCUGGACGGCGCUCUACUUCUUUAGCACCGACUAUACUUAUGGCGCGGGCCUGACGGUCUCUCGGAGACUGGGCAAUCUGCCGUAUAUUCUGUGGGUGGUGGCAUUUAACUCGGCGCAGAUACUGGCCUUCUGCCUCAUCGACACCGUCUUCUUCCCGGCCUUCUACAGGGCGCAAGAUGCAAAGGCGGAGAAGGAGGCGCACGACUCAGCCACGAGCCGGAUCCUGCGGGCGUUUAACCGCAACGGCCUGGCCGUCUUCCUUGCGGCAAACGUGCUGACCGGCCUGGUCAACAUGACGGUCCCGACUUUGGACGUGGGACCAGGUGUCACGAUGGGGAUCCUGGCUGGGUAUGCGGCGGCCGUGACAGGUGUCGCUCUGGUGCUCGACGUGUACAACAUUUCUCUCAAAUUAUAAGUGUAAGAUAUCUUAGGUAGGCAGCAAGUCGUGACGCAGCGGAGAAAUAUUGCAUGUGGCAUCAACCACGCAGGGACUUACCAUUAUUGCACGGUACCUGCAGCAUACCUAGGGAG